AUGUCCUAUUAUUAUUACUUUUGCAUGGACUCUGAUGAUGAAGAAUCAGAGUCGAUGGACUAUGGCAGCCAAGACUAUGUCGACGAGGACGAACGCACGGAAACCGAAUCUACAGACGUGAGCAUGGUCGACGAGACGGCGUCGAUGACUCGGUCCAUCUCGGGCUCGAGUCGGUACACUAGGAGCGACGACACGAGCGAUAUGAGUUCCGUCGUUUCGGGUCCUACUCGAUUCUCUGGCAGCAGUGUCAGUUCAGCGACCUCCUUCACCCACAACCCCUCAAGUGUCGCUUCAGAGGACUCGGAACCGGAAGUCAUAGAGAUCACACACGAAAUGCAUGCAGCGAUGUACAAGCACGAAUUUGGCCGGUCGCUGAACAACUAUUCCGACGUGUAUCGGCUACCUGUGGACGAGGAGGAGCUUGGCCGACUCAGCAAGCAACACUACAUGCUCGAAAGGAUAAUGGGCAAAUAUCCACCGCCAUUGCCUUACAUCCUACAAAGCAAUACGCCCGGUGAAAAGGCAGUUCUCGACUUGGGUUGCGGGAAUGGCGACUGGAUCAUAAGUGUCGCUCGCGAUUUCCCCAAUUGCGACGCCGUUGCUGUUGAUCUCGUGCCUAUCGGAGAUGCUUCUGAUCUACCACCCAAUAUACGAUGUGAAAUCGACGACAUAAACCUUGGGCUAUCACACUUCUAUGGUCAAUUCGACGUUGUUCACUGCCGAUUGAUCGCGCCAGGAAUUUCUGAUUACUACCGUUUAAUCGAAGAUGUUGCGCGAGUGGUCCGACCAGGAGGACUCGUGGAAUUCGGUGAAUCUGAUUGCUAUGUUUACGAUGGGAACAAGCAGCGGGUUCACGCCCCCAUGGGCGAGUUAGCCGCGCCGUGGUGGCCACGAUGGAUGUCCUACCUCCGCGCAGCCAUCCGGCAAGGCGGGGGAAACACCGAAGUCGCAGGCGACCUUCGCGAUUGGAUACGUGACCACGGCGCCUUCCACACCAUCCACUACCAGAACAUUUGGCUGCCCCUCAUUCCAGCUCCAGACGAUGACCACGAUGACCCAAUCUUUAGCGUCAUGAAAGAUGACGUCCUGACUUUUAUCCGGUCAGGGAGACCGCUAUUACUCGGGCGAGGGUUUCCCGAGGAUGUGGUCAUCACCCUGGAGGAGAACGCCGUUCGAGAGCUGAAUGAAUCAGACGAGCCGUGCUUCAGUCGGUUCCAGCGUGUAUGGGCUAUCCGGAACGACGUCGACAUUGGACCAAUGCCUGGCUAAGAAUCUUUUCUAUUUCGUCCUACUAUGCAUAUUCUGAUGACAGCUACUUUGUACAUCACUCACUCCCCUUCGACAAUAUCGUCACUGUCGUAAAGGGCUUCUCUAGCUAUCGUAUUGAGGUGUUCACGAGUACGGAACGGUCGUACGUAAGUACUGACCUAUACAUAUGACAUCAUAUCGCGUUGUUUACCCCAGGUUCAAUCAAUUUCGCGAUCCUCAUUUC